AUGUCUCUCUCUCUCUCUCUCUCUCUCUCUCUCUCUCUCUCUCUCUCUCUCUCUCUCUGUAGAAUUUCUCCCACUUGUGUAAAACGUAUCUAUCCAAGUCGGUACAUAUCUAUCUAUCUAUCUAUCUAUCUAUCUAUCUAUCUAUCUAUUUGCAGGGUACUUUCUUCUCAUUCACCUUUGCUCUUUCCAUACUGUUGUCCCUCUUCCUUUGAGAUUUUCUUGUCAAUGUUCGCAUUUUUGGUUGACAUAUAUUUCACUGGUGUGUCAGUGAAAAUUUUCUUCUUUCUUGCAUCGAUCUACCCAAUUUUCUUCAUAUAUUCUCGUUCACUUUUCUUUUUUUGUCUUUCAUUUGUGCAUUUAUUUACUUCCUCGCCUUUCUAUGCUUUUUCUUCCUUUUUCCUACUUUUCUGUCUCAUCUUUCUUUCUUUGACGAAUGUUCGCUUUUUCUUUCUUUCUUUCUUUCUUUCUUUCUUUCUUUCAUAUUCCUUGCGUUUUCUAUCUUAUUCAUUUAGAAUGUUCACUAUUUCUUUCUUUCUUUCUUUCUUUUCUUUCUGUCUUUCUUUCUAUCUUUCUUUUCUUUCAUAUUCCUUGCAUUUUCUAUCUUAUUCAUUUAGAAUAUUCACUAUUUUUUUCUUUCUUUCUUUUCUUUCUGUCUUUCUUUCUUUCUUUCUUUUCUUUCAUAUUCCUUGCGUUUUCUAUCUUAUUCAUUUAGAAUGUUCGCUUUUUCUUUCUUUCUUGCUUUCUUUCUUUCUUUCAUAUUCCUUGCGUUUUCUAUCUUAUUCAUUUAGAAUGUUCGCUUUUUCUUUCUUUCUUUCUUUCUUUCAUAUUCCUUGCGUUUUCUAUCUUAUUCAUUUAGAAUAUUCACUAUUUCUUUCUUUCUUUCUUUCUUUUCUUUCUAAUAUUCACUAUUUUUUUCUUUCUUUCUUUUCUUUCUGUCUUUCUUUCUUUCUUUCUUUCUUUCUUUCUUUUCUUUCAUAUUCCUUGCGUUUUCUAUCUUAUUCAUUUAGAAUAUUCACUAUUUCUUUCUUUCUUUCUUUCUUUUCUUUCUUGCUUGCUUGCUUUUCUCUUCUCUUUAAUUUUUCUUUCUUUCUUUCUUUUUUGCUUGCUUGUCUGCUUUCUUUCUUGUUUUUCUAUUCUUUUUGUUUAUUCUCCCUCUUCCCCUUAAUUUCUUUUAUUUUUGUCACAUUCACUUCUUGUUUCUCUUCUCUUUUAAUUCGUCUUUCUUUCUUUCUUUCUUUCUUUCGAUUUCUUCUUUGA